AUGGCGCAAGAUGUUCUGCGGCUUAUUGGGUCAAAAACCGGCCAAGUUGUCGUUCGUCCGCCGAACUUGUCAGCAAGCAUGAAGGGACGCUCACGUCUGCGUAGCAUGCGCCGCGUCACAAUGAACCCACAGGCGCUUCUUCUUGCGUACUACUACGCUGUUCUGCCAGAUGAUGAGGUUGACAGACUCGUUACGGAAUGUGCCCAACAAUUGGUAGAGCUCUUGGAGCAGCUCAAGGUGUGUGGAGCACAGGAGGGUGUUGACGAGGAGUAUGCCGCAGCCAUUCUGUCCUCCACCUCACUUAUGUGGAAGGAAUACAGUAACAAGGUCGCAGAAAAUCUCCGCGCACUCAAGGGCGCUGAUCGUCGUGCCUGCAGGGCCGUUCUCGUGGACGGCACAAAAGAGGUAUACGUGGCGGCCUCGCGCGAGCUGCGGAAGACACCAUCUAAUGGGGAUCUACAGACCUUUGUCGGCCUGCUGCAUGACCGCCUCGCACGGCUUACGUCAGAGGAGGACCUCGCAGAGCUGGAGGCAAGUAUACGCGACAGGCAGCGUGAAGAAGAAGAAGAAAAAGAAGGGCAGUGCGAUCAGUAUCAGCAGCAGCAUAAACAAGAACAUAUGUCACCGCCGCCACACCAGCAUCAGCAAAAACAAGAACAAGAACUGCAACAUCAGCAACAUCAAAAGGAAGUAUUAGUCAGUCAGGCAACGAAGCUGCAGCUGGCUGCAGCGCCGCUGUAUUCUGAAGGAAACACAAGCGGAUCCGAGGCAGAGCUGGCGCCUCCCGUCUCGAUGGGGCCAGUGCUUCCACCGGAUUGGUAUGUUGAUGAGCAUGGCCGCUCUAGGCCACCUCCAACUGAUGCGUUACAGAAGCGCCGCGAGGUAUUCAUUCGCCUUGAGUUUCGUGCUAAGAAGGCGUACGAGACAGUGAUUAAGGUGCCUGACCAGAGUAAUGAUCCACUGCAAAAGAAGAUAGUUUCUUCAUUGAACGAGGCGCAGUUGGCAUUGCUCGCUGAGCAGUGCAAUCGCCACCCGCCUGACUUGCAGAGUGUUCCUCAUUUCCUGAAUGUCGUCAUUGAGGGCCUGCUAAACGCCCUCCCGCGGCGGCUGCGGGCGCAGGCGGAGCAGGAGGUGCGCGACGUGUUGGACUGGCGCAUCGUGCGCCGCUCAGUGAUGGGGAGUCCGGGGAACAUUGCUGCGCUCAUGCGUUACGUUAUGGGGAAAGUCGCGGAGUACGGCGCCGUGGCGAGAGCAGAGGAGACGCUUCAGCGCGCGGAAGACAUGCGCAGAGACCUUGAGUCCUGCACUCCCGACCUCGGCACGGCAGUGGCAAACUCGUUCCGCCUUAUGCUCUCCUCCAUACGCCAGCUGCAUGAGGAUAUUGCGCAGUACUCGCUCUUGCUUAUCUCUCAACAGUUACGAGAAAAUGCUGUGCCGUUUAUUCGAGAGUUCAUCAGCGAAUGCUUCCCAAAGGUGGAACAGUGGGAAAGUUCUCUGGGGUUUGUGCGACGAUAUUUCAACGAUGAACGUGUGAAGGCGUGGGCCAAUUCGCCCGCUGCAGCCUCAUCGACAUCACUGACGGAGAACGAACGUCGCCUUCGUGGAAGCUUGCUGUACGGUCUGCUGGGCUUGCUGCGAAGUGGGGGUCAUCAAACUAAUGACCGGUGGCAUGAUUACCCAACAGAGUGUUUUUAUUUUGAAAAGGGGGUUGUUUUCUUUGCCGCAAAUACAGUACAGGAGACUGGGCUGCUGCUUCUUCUGUCUGGGAGUAUUUCAACCAUACUACGGGGAAAAGGCAUGGACUCGAGGGCUGUUAAUGAUAUGUUGAAACAUAUGCACGAGCAGUUCCUCCACCUACUCUCAGAGGGACUUACCCUGCCGUACCUGAAGACAUCUGUGGUGACUAUGAUUGACGAGGCGUUGGCGAAGCAAAGGACAUUUCCUCCUCUGACCGAGGGUGAGAUCACUCAAUUGCACGGGACAGUUGAAAAAAUGACAGAUACAACAGGAAGCCUCUAUCUGGUUUUUGAGAAACGUAUUCUUGCCUUCAUUGAAGCAAUUCUCGAACAUGGACAGCACGAUCCUGCCCCGUUGGGCCUUGUAACAGAUUCCCUGCGCCGUCUGGCGAUAUUGCUUCAGCAAAUGCUUGCAUUUAAUUGGGAAGUUUAUCAGCCCUUCUACAAGGAUAUGCUUCCGUACGUCACGUUAGAAGACCUCGCCGGUUAA